UACACAGUUUUGGAUAACAAGUUUUGUUUCAACACCAUACGUCAAUUCAUCGUGUUGAUUGAUCAUCGUAAAGGCACUAAAUUCUCCUUCCUUCCCCUCGAUUGUUUAAACAAGAAAGAGGAAAUGAGAGGAUAAUACAUAAGCGACAGAUAUGGCGGGAAUCUGUUUGCUUGAACUUCUAGCAGCGUGUAUUCUCUUUUCAACAGUAUUAUCCUGCCCCAAUAACUGUAAUGGUCGCGGGACCUGUGACAGAUCGGUGGUUCCAAACCAGUGCCGCUGUCAACCAAAUUAUAUAGGCGAGGGAUGCGAGUUCGAAACAUUUGAAGAAACUCGGAUGGAUCCGUUCACUCCAUUGGUGUCCCUUGAGAAUAUCGAUUAUCUUCCCUUUGCCGUGAAAGCCUGCGGUAAUGUGUAUUUUGAACUUAGGCGAUCAGAUACAGGGGGUUACGGAUUUGAGUUAGGCGGCCCUGGCAUUCCAUUCUCCUCACUGGAUCGUGUCCCUAGCAGGGAAACUGGUCAGUUGGAUACACACCGAGGACCUAUGAUGGACUGUCAGAACUUCCGGGAAUUCUGGUUAGACUGGGAUACCGGAAUGGUACGUCUUGGAACAGGUUCCGUGAGAGGACAGAAUGUCGUACUGAAUUCCCCAUCGGAACCGAUUCCCGGAAUAAGCCAGAUCAUUUUUAACUCCGGGAGUUGGAAACUGCCACUGCAAUAUAAAGCACCGUUAGAAACUAAUGCUCAGAUGAGCGAGUUCAACGGUGUGGACAUUCAAGGAAAUACUGGUAUGAUGCAGCAAGGGUCACCGAUGGUUAUUGGAGGAGUGAAUCAACCCCUUUCAGACGGCAUAAUAGAUCCACAAGGACUUUUAGAACACCGACUGUUAUCGGGCAAUAAGCAAAUCGACAAACAAGGAAAUAUUCAGUAUAAAUUAGACAAUUUUUCCGUUGACCCUUCUCCGAGUUCAGCUCAAGGCGGCGAUGUUAUGUCCCCUUCAAAUAAAGACCCCACCGUUGUAAGUCUUGUCCAUCCGACACCAAAGAUAGAGCGACUAAGGCAGGUUCAGAAAAUACAACUUAAAUCGACGGAAGCACCAAUUCCCCAGUCAGGAAACAUACUAGAUAUUCAAAACAGUUGGGCUGACAACAGUCCAGGCGAUUCGUUGUCAAAUCUUGAACAGCGUGUAUUUUCGAAUGAACCUGUUAUUAGACAUCAAAAUGAAGAACAAGCAAAUCCUAUUGAAAAUAUCCCAAUGAAAAGAGAACAGAUGGUUCCAAAUAAUAAUUUGGGUCAUGGACAAAGUAUUGCAAAUACUGAAAAUCCUUCAGAAACAGUGCCAGGCAGUUUUGUGCCACCAACAACACCUACAUCUCCUCCAAUUUCAGACAACUUCAUGCCAAGUCUUCGAAUGCUCCAAUCUGGAACAGAUUCGGCUUCGAACUCUCAGGGUAUAGUAAACACAGGGCAAAACACAGCAUCUUUAACUGAUGCAGUGUUUACUUCUCAAGAACCACAGAAGCCAAAUGCGGUUGAUUCUCGGUCAAGUUCAAUUUCCAGAUUUAAUUCAAAUAAUCAGCAGACAGGUUCACGAUUUGGUAGUGGACCAACUAUAACGAGUCAAAAAGGAUCAGUUGUUGGAGUAAAUGGGCAACCAAUCAAAUCGUCCGUCACGGAUGUAAAGUCAAACGGAAAUCAAGAACAAGUCUCCAGAAAUUUGAUUGACGGACCUGAUGGCCAACUUCUCACUAAAGUAGAGAGAAUAGGUCCAGAUGGACAGACUAAAGUUUCAUUUGAGUCUCCAUCACAAAGUGAUUGGCCCGAAAAGCAAUCAAUUGGUUCUAAAAAUACAGUCAAAUUUGAUAAUUUAGGUCGACCAAUGCUAACUGUUGAAAGAAAAUCUCAACCUGUUGGGCCCGUGCAACAUUUGCUCGGACCAAACGGAGAGAAAAUAGAGAUAAGUGGUCAUAAACAUGUUAGCAACGAUGGUUCUCAAUAUGAAGAGCAACAACAGCAGAAAAUAGUGAGUGCAGACGGUGCCCACGUAAGCAAGGCAUCAAAAUUAAAAACACUGACUCCCGACACAGCUGGUGUCAAGGAUAUAACACGACAAGAAAUAGCAGAGAGAAAUAGAUUGAGCAUAAAAGAAACAGAAAACCAAAAGAUCUUAAAACCAAAAAUGUUAGAAAUAAAGAAACGAAAUCGGGAGGAAACACAUAGACCGGACGUGGCUCAUAUCAAGGAAGAGAAAGACCACAUGAGUGUGGAUGUCAGUGGUACAUCACAUUUUCACAAGAGUCAGCAUCAAGAGUUAAUUGGUCCCAACAGAUCAGCUUUCAGCUCAAGUUUUAGCACUAAAACAGUGUUCGCUCCUCGUGUUUUUGAUCCAGCGGCAAUAAUGCGAAAUAAUGGCGACACAACCACCGAAAGAGUCGUUACAAAUGAUAUGAACAGAAACAUCAAUCCUCCAAAUAACCUUUUUACUAGAAUUAAUACUAUUCCCCAGGAUCCUCCUAUAGGACAACAAACAUUGUUUUCAGGCACGCGACAUGAACCCCCAAAUUCAUUAUUUCAAAGUUUCCAAACAGUAGCUAAUUCAGGAAACAAUGAAAUAAGGUCACCCUCAAACGAACCUAAUAGGAACUCGAGACAACAGCAAUCGGAAUCGAAUCCUAACGAGCCUAAUAGAAAUUUUAGAUCACGACAAUCGGAAUUAAAUCGCAACGAGCCUAAUAGGAAUUGGAGACAACAAUCAGAAUCAAAUCCAAAUGAGCCUAACAGAGAUUGGAGACCCCAACAAUCAGAAGCAAAUCCAAGUGAUCAGUUUAGAAGUCCUCAGUCACCAAAUAAUUUUUGGAGAGAAUCAAGAGGGUUCAAUGGUCCAGAUACAGGAAAUCGACGGGACUCAAGAAAUUUUAACGAAGGGCAAAGGGUAAAUCGAGGAGAUUUCAUAUCCCCAGGUCAAAUAAACCCCCAAUCUGACAGAGAUAUGAGACCAAAUAAUUUUGAUGGCCAAAAUGUUAUCAAUUCUGAUCAUAUAACUGAGAUUCAAAAUCCACCAAGUCAGCAAUGGUUUAUUCCAAAUCAGCAACAUAUCGUCGCGGGACCUCCGCAAGGCUUUAUUCAUCAAGGAAAUCCUGAUGGACCUCCGCAAGGUUUUAUACACCAGGGAAAUCCAAUCGAGACACAUCAAGUAAUAAAUGUUCCUAUGUUUGGGUCACCCCCUUGGGGUUCUCAUUUGUCACCUCAUGAACUUCAUAAUGUAAUGCAGCCUCCUCCGUUUUUUAGGGCAGGGCGCUCUAAAAGACAAGCUGGUGUUCCACCUCCACCACCUUCGUUUGACAAUUUUGACUUUUCAAGAGCCCAAAGAACUCCUCAAACGAGUACAUCUAACAAUAUCUUAGGUUCAAAUAUUGGCAGAUCGCAUGAGAGUAUGAACAUGAUGCCUAUGACAGGGGAUAGGUCUUCCUCAAAUGUAACACCACAGCCUCCGAUGGGUAUGUCAAUGCCUCUAAAUGAUAAUCAAAAUAUCAAUUCAAUGUCAUCUAAUAUAGCCCCUCCUCCUCCUCCUGCGGGUAUGACAUCUUCUGGAAGACAACUAUUUUCAAAUGAAAAUCAAGGAAGCAACAUCUUGCAAACUAACAUAGUCCCUCCUUCUCCUAUGGGCGGUGUGCCUUCAACGAACCAAAUGACUUCAGCAACAAGCAGGCAAGAAAGUUCCGCAUUUCCGUCAGAAGGUUCCGUAAUGGAUCCAUCUUCGAAUACAUUAACGACUGUAAAUGGUGGACAAACUCAGAUAAGUGUGUCACCGGAAUCUCGUCAAAAUGGUCAGUUUGUGCAAGGACAAACCAUGUUUGCUCCAAAUCAAAUGGGCAGUCAUACUCAUACUGGUACAACUAAUUUAAGACAAAGUCCAAUUGAGGAAGUGAAUUUAAGCAGUGGACGGUCCCUUGAGAUUGAGUGUGGGAUCAAGUCAGCUGACCCCAAUUUGGAAAUCAAAUGGACAAAGAAUGGAGUACCUUGGACUCCACCUCCAAACAAUCCCAAAAUUUACUUUACGAACAACAAGCGAAAAAUCGUUUUCGAAUCUGUUACCGAAGAGGACAAUGGGAAUUAUAUGUGUGUUGCUAACAAUCUUUUCAAAACAUCUUCAACAACUGACUUGUUUCUAGAGUCUCCAGAAUCUGCUAUGAUUGUCCAUGAACCGACAAGGCUAUCUCCAACAUUGGGCAAGAGACUUGAGAUCCUUUGUGAUAUCCACUCAACGGAUCCCAAUCUAAAGAUAUCAUGGAUGAAAGAUGGCCGACCCUUCAACCCGAUGGAAGGGGAAAGAAUUAGUUUCUAUUUCGACAAUAAGAUCAUUGUCUUUAAUGCUGUGGAGGAAGGGGACAAAGGAAAAUACACAUGUAGAGGCAGUGACGGAUAUGUCAACCCCACAUCUAUAAUUGUAAACGUCUUAAAGCCAGAAUCUAAUAAGUUUACCGACAUCUUUGGUCCACAAUCAAAUUCAGCAGCAGAACAGGCAGGCCAGCUUAUAAACACCGGAGCCCUACAGAGCCUUCCUAUAGGAUCAGGAUAUUUUGAAAUCGUUUGUAAUGCCAAUCCUAAUGACAUUACUUCGGCAAUCCGAUGGACUAAAAAUGGAAAACCUUUCAACUUAAAUCCCCAAAACCCAAAUGUUUACUUUACCAGGGAUAGAAGGAAGAUUAUAUUCGAGAAUUUAUCCCCAGCAGACAAUGGAAUUUAUACCUGUUACUUAAAUGAUACGGAUGUCUCAUCGGCAUCAACUGAUCUUUUCAUUGAAAACGCUAAUGACGCUAUGGUUUCCUUCAUGCCUGAGACCAAACACCCCAUGGUUGGCGGUAUCUUGGAACUACGUUGUGAUGUAACCUCUUCUGAUCCAAACGUUCAAUUAUCAUGGACUAAAAAUAGCGAACCUCUUCUUCCCGGAAGACGUGUUAUCAUGCAGAAUAAAAACUCACUUGUUACCGUAUAUAACGUUACUGCGCAGGACAGUGGGCAAUAUAAAUGUAUCGCUAAUGGUGACCUGUCAACAGCCGUGUCAACAUUUGUCAACGUACAUUCUAAAGAACCAGGAACUGUUGCUAGCGAAAUGGACAAUAAUAAAUUCGCUUCGUUAUUUGGUAAUACUGGGGGUGGUCAGUUCUUCCUUGAUGGCAAUCGAAUGUCAGGAAAUCAAAUGGUUCAAGGAUCCGUAUUGGGAGGAGGUCAAAUGGUUCAAGGUCAAAUGAUUGGAGGUCAAAUGGUCGACGGAUCCAUGAUGACAGGAGGUCAAAUGGUUGGAGGCCAGAUGAGCGGUGUUCAAAUGGUUGGAGGCCAGAUGAGCGGUGGUCAAAUGAUCGGAGGUCAAAUGGUUGGAGGUCAAAUGGUCGGAAAUUCCGUAGCUGGCAUGAGAACAAUCAGCCAGGGUCCUAUGGAAGAGAAAGUUAUUAGCUCGGGAUACUUUGAGAUAAACUGCAACAUCCCUGGUACCAAUGAUGGAGAAAUAACUUGGUUAAAAGAUGGGAACGUUUAUUUGAUUCCAUCUAAUCGACCGGUAUACUUCAAAAACAACAAAAAGACAAUCGUGUUCCUAUCUGUGGCUCCUGAAGAUAAUGGGCUGUAUACCUGCAUCGUAAACAACCAAUACCAGGCAUCGGCAUCAACAGAGCUUUUCAUUAAAAACAAAGAAUAUUACAAUGAAGAUUGGGCACAAAACGCCGUGGUUGUUCAUGAACCCCAAACCUUGAACCCCGUCAGAGGAACACGCCUGGAGUUGACUUGUGACAUCACAACCACAAAUCCAAACAUUCGCUUAACCUGGCUCAAAAAUGACGUCCCUGUGCAGCCAACAGCUGACCAAAGAAUUCAGUUCCAAAACUACAACCAGCUAAUACUAUUUGACCCGGUGGUACCGGGGGAUGAGGGAAAAUAUACAUGUCAGGCUAAUGACCCAAUGAGGACCUCGGUGUCCACAUUUGUAAAAGUACAUGAACGUGAGGAAAGCAGAACUAUGUAUGCUACGAUGUCACUUUCCUCGGGAUCAACCAUCCAGCAAAGCAAUCCAAUGCAAGAAAUCAACAUUAAAUCGGGCUACUUUGAAAUCAAUUGUCUGAUCGACAGUGGAAACGCUGAAAUAUUUUGGGCUAAAAAUGGUCAGCCGUUCAAUCCUCCCGCCGGUAGGGCUAUCUACUUCGCAGACAACAAGAAGAAGAUUGUUUUCGAGAGGGUUAAAGAAGAGGAUUCGGGUCUCUACACUUGCGUUGCCAAUAACGAAUACUUAACCUCAGUUUCAACAGACCUCUUCAUUGAAGGCAAUACAAAUACGGCUAUCGUCGUCUACGUUCCCCAGCGACUAAACCCAAUCAUCGGAAGUAGACUGGAGAUCACGUGCAGCGUUCAUGACCACGACAGCGCCACCAAUCCAAAUAUGCAAGUCACGUGGUUUAAGGAAAAUGUACCGAUCGCAGCAGAAAAUAACCCAAAUAUAAUCUUUCAGCAGAACGGUCGUAAGAUGAUCUUACGUUCCGUCAGUGCAUCAGAUCAAGGAAAUUACAUGUGUGCAGUGAAUGAUCCUAAUGUCACCCCUGUCGUGAUGUACAUACAACCACAUGCCAACGCGGCAACAAGACAACGACAUUUUGGACGGUUCCUCGGACAGGCAGCGGCAGUCGCCUCUUCAAGAAUCCCAAUCGAAGCUGGGAACCUAAGAAUUCAGUGUGAUGUGGCGGAUGAUUCGACGUCCAGCAUUGCUUGGUUCAAAGACAACAGACCUCUGGAUGAUACCCUACCAAACGUCGCGUUUGAAGACGACUUUCGCCGUUUGGUCUUGCUAGCUUUUGGACCUUCAGAUCGCGGAGUCUAUAUGUGUCUGACUGGGGGGCAAAAUUGGCAUUCGGCAGCACAAGAACUUAUUUAUAUAAAUUCAGAUGAAGCUGGAGUAACAACAAAGCCUAUGAAGAUAUAUCCAAUUUUCAACUCGGCUGUGGAAAUAAAGUGUCGUAUUCCCGGGCUUCAACCCACUGAUGCAGUCAGCUGGGAAUACGAGGGUAUUCCACUGGUGGCUGAACCAGAACAAGUGGUUCUAAUGGACAACGACCAAACUUUGUGGAUUAAAUCUUUCCAACCGUCCGACGUAGGAAGAUAUACCUGCAAAGCCAAUGGAUACCAAUGGUCGAUGUAUCUAAAUGGCUACUCCACUCCUUUGGAAAGAAGCGCAGCACUUGGCAACCCUAUGUUCAUGGAAUCUUUAUACUGGAUGUAUGGUCCACGCCGCCAAAUAAGCUUUGGUACACCUAUGCCAUAUCCGAUAAUUGGAGGAAGAGUUGAGAUCAUGUGCGGCCUUCAAAUUAGUAACCCCAACACAAUCAUUCGAUGGCUGAAAGAUGGUCGGCCGCUUCAGAGAAUGAAACCAACAUACUACAUGUACAACGGACGAAGCUUAGUCCUUUUUGGAUUUUCUGCUGCUGAUAAUGGUAGAUACACUUGUGUUGCCAAUGAUGGAUCCAUGUCGUCCGCUUCAACAAGUCUAUCGUAUACAACUCCAGACUCUGCAAUGGCGACUUAUGAACCUCCAAAUGUGAAUCCAUUGAUGGGUAGAAGGGCUGAGAUUGUAUGUAACAUACAAAACCUUCCUGCCGAUGUUACCGUCCAAUGGCUGAAAGAUGGAAUACCAUUCAACAUCCAAAGUGCCAGAGUUCGGUUCCUCAACAACAAUCGUAAAAUUGAAUUCAGUCCCGUUUAUGCCAGUGAUGCUGGGAGCUACGAAUGUGUUGCAGACACAGAGCAAAGGGAAGCUUAUACUACAAGCGUAAAGGUCUUUAGAGAUGAUAACGGCCGUGUAACUGAUGUGUACGGAGAUCCAACAUUCCUGCUUUCUCAAAUUGAUGACAGAUCUUUUCCAAACCUAGAAAUUGGUUCUCCUAUGGAUCUGCCUACACAAGAUGGAGUUGUAGAAUUGUAUUGUGGAGUCAAGAAUCCUAAUCCUAAUGCUGUUUUCACGUGGAUGAAGGAUGGAAGACCAAUUACAAGAAAUCCUGUUUACUACAAAAAUGACGGUCGUGUUUUGGUAAUUCCUGAUUUCGAACCUGCUGACAAUGGAAGAUACACCUGUAUUACGAAUGACAAUAUUCUAUCGUCUUCGUCUACCUUACUCAAUUACGUUUCACCAGCCCUAGCCAGCGCUACUUACCAACCUCCAAGGCUUAAUCCUAUUACUGGAAGAAAAGUGGUCGUGAAGUGUAGCAUUCCGAACCUUCCACCGGGGGUUAGCGUCAGCUGGAUAAAAAAUGGACAACCCUUUCAGCCUCCUGCUGGGAGAGCUCGAUUAGUCGACAACAACCGCCGGAUCGAGUUCAGUUACGUUUAUCCAGAGGACGCCGGAAGUUACACGUGUAUGGCUACGGAUGGAUCUACAUUGUCACACUCAACGGGAGUAAAUGUUUAUAAAAAUGAUAAGGAUCGUACUAAUACCGUAUACGGACCAGCAAUGACAAUUACACCAGUUACAAUUCCAGAGCCGGGAACGGGCCCAUAUCCAGGACAACCAAUAGCUCCGUCGGAUGGCUCGGUACCCCAAGGCCAAUUGCCGGGACAACCAAUAGCACCAGGACCUUACAUACCUGAAGACAAUAUUCCGACAGGACAAGUGCCUGAACAACCAAUACCUCCAGGACCUUACGUGCCUGAAGACAAUCUACCAACAGGUCAACUUCCAGAAGCACCGAUAAUUCCCCCAGACUUCCCCACACCCCCAGGAACAUAUGUACCUCAAGAAAAUGUUCCGACAGGCAUCCUACCGGAAAGAACACUACCUUCUCCUGAUGCUUCUAUACCCCAAGGACAGCCGUUGUCAUAUCCAAUAGACGGCGGUGUUAUGUAUCUACGCUGUGGAAUUCAAACGAAUGACCCGAACUUUCUUAUUCGCUGGUUGAAAGAUGGUCGACCCAUUCGUAGAAUGAAUCCAACAUAUUAUAUGUACAACGGUAGAAUUCUGGUCCUGAUGGGAGUAACUGCCUCUGAUAAUGGAAGAUAUACUUGUGUGGCCAAUGAUCGAACUAUGUCAUCUUCCUCUACAAACCUUCAGUAUGAGAACCCUGGUUCUGCGACGGCUACAUACAAUCCGCCUAAAUUGAAUCCUGUCACUGGAGAUAAAGCAGAAAUAUAUUGCAACAUACCUAACCUAGAUCCUGGCUACCAAAUCACGUGGUUAAAAGAUGGCCAACUCUUUGAGCCUCAGUCUCAAAGGGUUCAAUUGGUCGCUAAUUCAAGGAAACUUGAGUUUAGUUCUGUUUACCCAGAGGAUGCUGGAACUUACACAUGUACAGCAAAUGACGAAAUGGGCACGUCGUAUACGACGGAUGUUAACGUGUACCCAGAUGGUACAUUAAGAGAAUCCGACGUUUACGGUUCACCUACUUUCCUUUUAUCUCAAAAUGAUAAACCUAAAGAGGAUUUAACUAUAGGUUCUCGAUUGGAAUUACCUUUGGAUUCUGGAACCGCCGAAAUGCUGUGUGGAAUACAAACAAACAACCCCAAUGCUAUUUUCACCUGGCUUAAAGAUGGGCAACCAAUAACAAGAACUCCUGUGUUUUACAAGGAUGACGGUCGUGUCUUGGUUCUUCCGAAUUUCACACCAGCUGAUAAUGGAAAAUACACUUGUGUUACGAAUGAUAAAUCCAUGUCCUCCUCCUCAACGGAUAUCCAAUACGUUGAUCCGGGUACGGCAGUAGCGGUUUAUGAGCCACCGGAAAUGAAUCCAUUGACUGAUGACAAAACAGAGUUGUUUUGUGACAUUUCUAAUCUACAACCAUUCGAUAACGUUCGCUGGUUUAAAGAUGGCAAUCCGUUCGAGGUUCAAAAUCAGAGAAUCCAAAUUGUGGAUAGAAACAGGAAAAUUGAAUUUAGUUCUGUAUUUCCCGAGGAUGCUGGAACGUAUACGUGUCAAUCUGAUGAAGGAAAAUCAUACUCCGUCCAACUUAACCCUUUUCCGACUGAUUCAGAAAGAAAAGUUACAGUGUAUGGACCAGACAAGGUGAACGAAAUUCCAGAACCUCUGCCUGAUGAAUUCCUCACUCCAACAGCUCCUGCAGAUAGGCCUCCCACUGCUCCAGAUAACGGUAUCGUCACAAAAUACCCAGUGCCCAAUACAAGGUUCGAACUUCGCUGUGCCAUACCAAAUUUGAGUCCAGGAAUCGACAUAGAGUGGAAAAAAAAUGGCCAACAAUUUUUGCCGUUUGGCAUAACAUCCAGGAUUUAUUUCUUGGAAAACAAUUCUCUUGUGGUAUUUCGUUCGAUAUUGCCCAGUGACAGCGGAGAUUAUACAUGUAUUGCAGAUUAUUUAUCUGACCCGUCUCAGACAACAAGGCUGCAAGUUCAAGGACUAAAUCCAGAUGGAUCCCCUAGCGAACCAAGUGUAUAUCCAGACGGUUCACCAAGACAGCCUGGUUUAUACCCUGAUGGCUCACCACGACAACCAGACCUUUAUCCUGAUGGUACAUCAAGACUUCCAGAUGUAAACCCUGAUGGUACACCAAGACUUCCAGAUGUAAACCCUGAUGGUACACCAAGACUUCCAGAUGUUAACCCUGAUGGUACACCAAGACUUCCAGAUGUAAACCCUGAUGGUACACCAAGACAACCGGACAUGAACCAUGAUGGUACACCAAGACUUCCAGAUAUUAACCCUGAUGGUACACCAAGACUUCCAGAUGUAAACCCUGAUGGUACACCACGACAACCGGACAUGUUCCCAGAUGGUAUACCAAGACUUCCAGAUGUUAACCCUGAUGGUACACCAAGACAACCGGACCUGUACCCUGAUGGUACACCAAGACUUCCAGAAGUAAACCCUGAUGGGACACCACGACAACCGGACAUGUACCCUGAUGGUUCACCAAGACUUCCAGAUGUUAACCCUGAUGGUACACCGCGACAACCGGACAUGUACCCUGAUGGUAUGCCAAGACUUCCAGAUGUUAACCCUGAUGGUACACCACGGCAACCGGACAUGUUCCCAGAUGGUAUACCAAGACUUCCAGAUGUUAACCCUGAUGGUACACCACGGCAACCGGACAUGUUCCCAGAUGGUAUACCAAGACUUCCAGAUGUUAACCCUGAUGGUACACCAAGACAACCAGACCUGUACCCUGAUGGUACACCAAGACUUCCAGAAGUUAACCCUGAUGGUACACCACGACAACCGGACAUGUACCCCGAUGGUAUGCCAAGACUUCCAGAUGUUAACCCUGAUGGAACACCACGACAACCGGACUUGUACCCUGAUGGUACGCCAAGACUUCCAGAUAUUAACCCUGAUGGAACACCACGACAACCGGACAUGUACCCUGAUGGAAUGCCAAGACUUCCAGAUGUUAACCCUGAUGGUACACCAAGACUUCCAGAUGUUAACCCUGAUGGAACACCACGACAACCGGACUUGUAUCCUGAUGGUACGCCAAAACUUCCAGAUGGUACACCACGACAACCGGACUUGUAUCCUGAUGGUACACCAAGACGUCCAGAUGUAAACCCUGAUGGUACACCAUGGCAACCGGACUUGUAUCCUGAUGGUGCACCAAGACGUCCAGAUUUUAACCCUGAUGGUACACCGUUACAACCGGACUUGUAUCCUGAUGGAACACCAAGACUUCCAGAUGUUAACCCUGAUGGUACACCGCGACAACCGGACUUGUUCCCUGAUGGUACACCUAGACUUCCAGAUGGUACACCACGACAACCGGACAUGUACCCUGAUGGUACACCAAGACGUCCAGAUGUAAACCCUGAUGGUACACCGCGACAACCGGACUUGUACCCUGAUGGGACACCACGACAACCGAACUUGUACCCUGAUGGGACACCACGGCAACCGGACUUGUACCCUGAUGGGACACCAAGACUUCCAGAUGGUACACCUCGACAACCGGACUUGUACCCUGAUGGAACACCAAGACUUCCGGAUGGUACACCACGACAAUCGGACUUGUACCCUGAUGGUACACCAAGACUUUUAGAUGUUGACCCUGAUGGUACACCCAGACUUCCAGAUGUAAACCCUGAUGGUACACCACGACUACCCAGUGUAAAUCCUGAUGGUACACAAAGAGCUCCAAUUGUAAACCCUGAUGGUACUCCCAGACUUCCCACUGUAAAUCCUGAUGGUACACCACGACUACCUAGUGUAAAUCCUGAUGGUACACCUAGAAUACCAGGUGUAUUACCCGAUGGUUCACCACGACAGCCAGGCUUUCCUCCCUAUACAUUUCCUCGUUCCUCACCGUCUGAUCUCCCUCUUCCUCUUCCUCCUCCUGUUCCACAAUCCAUGGGUGGUAAGAAGCCACAAGCGAUAGACCCUUUCCCAUCUCCAAGAAUAGAUAUGCUGUCUCCAGAACGUUCACCAGUUACUGUAACAGCCAAGGAGGGUGAGCCAUACGUACUCGAAUGUGAUACUCCUUGGCGGCCAAACGACCAAAUAUCAUGGUACAAAAAUGAAGUCCCACUGCAGUUAAACCGACCCGGAGCACCAACCCAGAUGGAGAACAACCUAGUUUUCCGAACGAUUAGGCCGACUGAUAGAGGAAAAUACACAUGUACAGUGAAUAACAAUCUCCAAACGGCCACAACAAUCCUUCUUGACACAGUUCCGGCGGAUCCAAGUGUGAUAGGAAACCAGGAUCCAGAACAACUAGAAACCAGAGAAGGCAAUGCUUAUACACUUACAUGUAAACUCCCUAAUAUCAGGGCAGAGGAUACGAUAUCAUGGUACAAAAAUGGCGAUCCAGUACGGAGUUCAGACAAUAAGAUUGUUAGAGGUGCUAUAGAGUUCAAGCCUGUCAGAUUGGCAGACAGAGGCUCCUAUUAUUGUGUGAAAAAUAACGAUCUAGGUUCAACGUAUGCUGCUGACCUUAACGUUUUGCCAAGAGACCUGACGGAAAAAGAGCCGAAGGCAUUUGUGUUUACACCCGUUAGACCAUCAGUUCCGUUAACUCCUGGUACUGGCCAACCAAUUGGAACUCCAGUCGUGCCAACGCCUGUAGAUGACUUUGAUUCCUUUAGAAUGCCACCUCCGCCACCUCCUAUUGUUGGCGGUUUGGGCCCUCAACCCAGACCAGGACCUGGCCCGAUACCGCAAGUUCAAAGACCUGCAGUUCCCACGUCGCCGAUUACACAAGUGGAUCCCCGAGAUGUUGAAAUUUCACCAGGGCACUUCCGACCUGUAGAAAGAACCAGAUUCAUUCUGGAGUGUGCCAUUUCAAGAACAACGGGAAAAGUUAUAUGGAUGAAAGAUGGCAAAUCUCUCAGCAGCGAGCAGCCUCGAGAUAUGAAUGGGAAUUUGAUCUUUGGAACCGUUCGUAUGUCGGACGGUGGGCAAUACACUUGUAUUUCGGAUGAUCGCAGCCAAACCUACAAUGCUGCUGUUGAUGUUCUGCCUGAUGAUAUCAAUACUUUCCUUCUGAGUGAAAAGAACAAGAAACCAGAAUUGAGAGUCCCAAUGCUAAACUACCACAGACCAAUGACAGAAACUCCAUUCCAGCUUGAGUGUGACAUUCCUGGUGCAGAUUACCAAUAUCCAAUUGUGUGGUUCAAGGAUGGUCAACGAAUCAAUUUGUCUAAUCCGAGCCCAAGAGCUCCCCAGCCUCGUGAUAAUGGCCGGGUGCUGGUAUUUAGGUCCAUGCUUUUGUCCCACUCAGGGGUGUAUUCUUGUCAAGUUGGACCUGAAGAGAGAACAGAUAUUGUAGAUGUGAGACCUGAGAGCGUUCAAGAGUAUCUUCUGCUGAGUGGAAAGGACGACAAUACUCCAAAUGCCCUCCUUCCAGAAGGAGAGCAACUACCGUCUUUGACGCUACCAAACUCUGAAAAUUCUCCAAAGAUUAAAAUGGCUGAACGAGGAACUAUGGCUGUUAUCAAAUGUGAAACAGGGUAUAACCUAGACCCUAAUGCGCCCAUAUUCUGGUUCAAAAACAAGGACCUCAUUGCGCCGUCGCAAAGAGUACAACUUAGGAACGAUGAACUGUUGUUGAGCAACGUCAUGCCGUCCGAUGCUGCGUUGUAUACCUGUGUUGUAGGAGACGGUGAAGCAACUUCAUCAACCAGAUUGUUUGUCACCGAACCAUCAGACACAAGUGGACCAAUGGUACCAGAAGAUCCUAGAAUACCCCAGGGACCUGGUAUUCCACCUAUUGUUGAUACCCGGCCAGUAGAUCCCAGUAGUGUUGAAAUUUCACCAGGACACUUCCGACCCGUGGAAAGAACCAGAUUCAAUCUAGAGUGCGCCAUUUCAAGAACAACGGGAAAAGUUAUAUGGAUGAAAGAUGGCAAAUCUCUUGGUAAUGAAUUGCCUCAAGACAUGAAUGGAAACUUGAUCUUUGGAUCCGUUCGUAUGUCGGACGGUGGGCAAUACACUUGUAUUUCGGAUGAUCGCAGCCAAACCUACAAUGCUGCUGUUGAUGUUCUGCCUGAUGAUAUCAAUACUUUCCUUCUGAGUGAAAAGAACAAGAAACCAGAAUUGAGGGUUCCAAUGCUGAACUACCACAGACCAAUGACAGAAACCCCCUUCCAGCUUGAGUGUGAAAUACCUGGUGCAGAUUACCAAUAUCCAAUUGAGUGGUUCAAGGAUGGUCAACGAAUCAAUUUGUCCAAUCCGAGCCCAAGAGCUCCCCAGCCUCGUGAUAAUGGCCGGGUGCUGGUAUUUAGGUCAAUGCUUCUGCCCCACUCUGGUGUGUAUUCUUGUCGAGUUGGACCUGACGAGAGAACAGAUAUUGUAGAUGUGAGACCUGAGAGCGUUCAAGAAUAUCUCCUGCUGAGUGGAAAGGACGACAAUACUCCAAAUGCCCUCCUACCAGAAGGAGAGCAACUACCGUCUUUGACGCUACCAAACUCUGAAAAUUCUCCGAAGAUUAAAAUGGCUGAACGAGGAACUAUGGCUGUCAUAAAGUGUGAUUCAGGGUUCAAUACGAACGCGAAUGCACCAGUAUCUUGGUUCAAAAACACAGAACUUAUUGCACUGUCGCCAAGAGUACAAAUUAGAAACGAUGAAUUGCUAAUCGAGGACGUUUUGCCGUCCGAUGCUGCGUUGUAUACCUGUGUUUUAGGAGACGGUGAAGCAACUUCAUCGACUAGGUUAUUUGUCACAGAACCAUCAGACCAGACAGGACCAAUGAUACCCAAGGUCCCGCGAAGACCACCAUCCAUAGAUCCACGUAUUCCAUCAACUCCCGGUUCUCCCGGUUCUCCUCCUCUUCCAGGCAGCAGGCUUCCUCCUCCUCCUUUACCCCCUCCCUACCUUGGCGACCGUGAUAGGGAAUUUCCUGAUCAAGGUCCAGCAGGCCCGGAACCUAUUUCCCCUAAUGAUCCACAGAUCUCCCCGGGUCAUUUCCGACCCAUAGAGACAACAAGUUUUCUUCUGGAAUGUAAGGUUCCCAGAAAUGGAGGAAUGGUCUACUGGUUAAAGGAUGGCAAGGUCAUCCCCAACCCACCAGUGACUAGAAACAUGGAUCUGGUAAUGUCCCCAGUUCAACGGCGGGACAGCGGGGUAUAUACAUGUGUUUCAGAAGAUCGCAGAACAGUUUAUGAAGCUGCAGUUGAUGUGAUUCCAACUAAUGUAUAUGAGUUUGUUCAGAGUGAAAGAAACAAGAACCCAGAAGAUAGACGAGCGAACAUUGACUAUUAUAGACCCAAGUCGAAUUCUGUGUUUAAUCUUAAUUGUGACAUACCAGGAGCAGAUUUAAGACAACCAGUGAUAUGGACCAAAGAUGGUGGUCCAUUGGAUGCUUCAAAACCCGACCUUCUUAUUGUCAGAAACAGUGGCCGUACGCUUGGGUUUCCCUCGAUUUUGCGUAACCAGGCAGGGGUUUAUUCUUGCCGAAUUGGAAAUAAUGAAAGAGUAUCUAUUGUUGAUGUACGGCCUGAAAAGGUUCAAGAAUACUUGCUGUUAAGUGAGACUGACGACGAGUCACCUACAAUUCUUUUGCCAAAUCGUGGACAGACACCAGUUCUGAGAUUACCCGAGGAAGACAGUCCAAAGUUAAUUGUUGCCCCAGCCGGCUCGGACGUUCUAAUCAAAUGUAACGUGGCAUUAAACGCGGAUCCCAAUAUUCCUGUUUACUGGUAUAAGAAUGGACAGCUAAUAUCUGAACCACAGACAAGACAAAUCCCACAUUUGAACUACUUGUCUGUUACAAAUACUGAUGCCGGUUUAUACACUUGCGUUUUGGGAAAUGGGGAUGCCACAUCAUCGACUCGUCUGUAUGUUACAGACUCCUUACCUGAUGUUCCGAUACCAUCUGGUCCAAGAGAUCAAACAUCUCCGAGAGAUGGUCCAUUUGGUGCAAGAGAUGUGAGACCACAAAUAGACCCAACUGAUAGACUACCUCAAAUUGACCCACCAGAGAGGUUGCCUCCGGUUGGCCCAAGAGAUCGUUUGCCACCGAUUGAUGAGCCAUUUGGCCCAACAGAUAUUGCACCUGAAAUUGAUCCUAGAGACAGUCUACAACCGAUUAAUCCUACGGACCGUUUACCAAUUGAUCCUAGAGAACGUUUACCACAAAUUGAUCCAAGAAUCAGCCUACCACAGGUUGACCCUGAGGGCAGUUUACGUCCAUUUGAUUCUAGAGACAAUUUACCACCUGUUGAGCCUAGGGAAGGUUUUCCUCAGAUUGAUCCUGGCGGCCGUUUGCCACCUGUUGAUCCUAGAGGGCGUCUUCCUAAUCCGGGUGACAGACCUGUGUCGCCAUCUGGUGUUAUGCCACCUAUCCCACUUCUUCCAAUACCGAGAGAUCCAUUUGAUCGGAACCAAGAGACUCCUAUAUCGCCCUAUCCUAAAGGCAGUGAACCGGGAUUUACGGAUACUCAAGAAGGUAGAUAUCCUCUUCCAAAUUUGGAAAUACCCGGACAAAUUAACGACCCGUUGUUAACCGAAGGUCCUGACACGCCUUCAGAACCAGGUCUCGAUGCACGAACAGUUCUUAGUCAAGUGAAUCCAGAGGACAGGAUUGACCCGUUGUCUCGCAGACCACCAGUACUUCCGGAUACUAGGAACAUUCCCCCUGUGCCUACCGAUCGUACGGGUCCGAUUGACCCCCGUGGUACCUUGCCCACUGGGUUCCCCACUGGACCAGGCACUGGUGGGCGUUUCGUUGUGCCCUCCCUUGGUGGUAUUAUCGAACAGUUCUUUUAUCCUCGAAUUUCCCAGGAUUUCACACUUCCGUGUAACAUUAAAGGCAUCACCGCUAACACCCCAAUUGUCUGGUACAAAGGUGACCAAAGGUUCAUUCCGGACUCUAGGCGCGUGCGCAUUGUUAACAAUGCAAUCGUGUUCCGGCCAGCUAUUGCUGAGGACAGUGGUAGUUAUUCCUGUAUGAGACCUGACACGUUAGAAUCCAUCAGGGCACAGUUAUAUGUUUAUGGAGAUGCUUUGCCACCAGGAGUCCGAGAUGACAGAUUUUCUCAAGUAACACCAACAGAAAGAACAGGAAGUCUUGUUCAGCAUUUCUAUUACCCUUCCUCGUCUGAACUAUUCGAACUUCGAUGCGACCUCAAAUCUGGCGAUAACAGAGUUCCAAUCAGAUGGCUCAAGAAUGGUCAGCCGUUCAUUGUACCCGUCGACAGACCCGUAUCAUUGCAUGAAAACAACCAUGUCAUUCGAUUUAGUUCCAUUUCACCAAGGGAUAAUGGUCGCUACACAUGUAUCGCUGGGGAUAACUUGGCGUCGGUUUCGUCUGAGAUCGUUGUCAAGAGACCAGACAUUGGAAACACACCUUGGGAAAAAAGGAUAUCUUUGAGCAGUAAUGACCGAGACGCCCUUCUCCGGUUUACUGGCACUCAAGGGUUCUCCAACAAGUAUUUUCCAAUCGUCAAGAAACCCUUCAUUCUCAACUGCACUGCGGCAGAAGAUACUCCAAUGUUACCAGUGAGAUGGUUGAGAAAUGGUCAGCCAUUCCUACCUGAUGGUCAAAGAGUGUUCCCACGAUCAAGUUCACUGGUGUUCUCUUCAAUUCUGCCUGAUGACAGUGGACAUUACACCUGCAUUGUUGGUGACAAUCAAAAGGCAGAAAACGUCAUAGUCGACGUCAUCUUCCACGAUAUGAGUGCGGAAGAAAACACACCAGCUCGUCCAAUCUUGCGAAGACGAUAUCUUCUAACCUGUGGAAUUACUUCUUUACGUCCAAACACACAAAUCACAUGGUUUAAAGAUGGCCAACCUUUCAAUGCCAACAAUGACCGUGUGAGAUUUAUAGACAACAAGCGUGGAGUUCUGUUCACAUCAUUAUUAGAGCAAGACAACGGAGAAUAUAUGUGUAUAGCAAACUAUGGAUCAAGCCGAGCUUCCUACACAACUACUGUGAAUGCUGCUGAGGAAAAACUCCAUGAAAUAAUUACGGUACCCUUAGCUCCAACUGAACAUCGAGCUCCAAUAGCAGAAAGAUUUACCUUGGAAUGCGUCCUGUCGUCCGUGAGUGAAACGUUCCCUCCAAUUUGGAUGAAAGAUGGAAGACCAUUUGAUAGAAGAUCUGCCCCUCCAAAUGUUUCAUUCAGGGAUAGAUCAAUUGUGUUUGACCCUCUUACACCGUCUGAUGAAGGUCGCUAUACAUGUGCUUCCCAAGAUGGAAGUGAUCGGUAUACAUCUGAGCUCAUUCCUGUUCCUAGAGUCUUCAAUCCAACUGAAGGUCGGCCACUGAGUGUCCGGUGUCUGUUGCCCGGACGAGGCCCUGUCACCUGGACCAAGAACGGUCAGCCAUUCCCGAGUGUAAACUCUCGAACCACCACUUUCUCUGAUAAUGGACGAACAAUCACGUUUACUCCAGUUUCACCAAGAAAUGAUGGAGAAUAUCAGUGUAUUUCCGCUAAUGGUCAAAGAUACCCACUGAUGAUUAAAGUAAUCCCAACCAUGUUGUUCCCUCAGAGCAAGAGUAUUUUUGUUUUACAGUGUGCUCUUCGCGAUAUGAAUUCCCGAAAAAUGAUAGUUUGGCUUAAAGAUGGACAGGUAUUUCGGCCAAGGCAAGACAGGGUAUCAUUUAAUGUCGGCGAUGGGGUCCGAGAGGUUAUUUUUGAUCCACUGUUGCCAGAAGACAGUGGUCGUUAUGCUUGUGUUGACCCUGACAAAAAUCAAUAUAUGGUAAAUGUCAUUGUGGAUGGCCGCACGGCUGCCCGACGUAAUCUACAACCAACUGUCACACAAGCGUUCAGGAUUUCAUGUGACAUUCCAGGAAUUAGUCCAUCCACAACUGUUUUCUGGUUGAAAGGACAGGAACUCUACACUCCACCGAGAGAGAGUAUCAAAUUUGAAGAUGGAAAUAAAGAUAUUUUGUUUGAAUCAGUGAUGCCAGAAGAUUAUGGCUCUUAUACAUGUGUAACCGCGGAUGGCAGUGAACACUACACAAUUAAUCUUGAUGUCCAAAGUGGUCCUGGGCACAAACACGUGAAAGUUGGAGUCACUGAAAGAGAAGUGUCAAAACCACCAGCAAAGUCCACUUUCAUCAUGAAGUGUGACAUUCCGGGUCUCGAGCCUGGUGAACAGGUAGUGUGGUUGAAAGACCAGCAAGUCUUCAAUCCCAUGGGUGACCGUGUUAGGCUUGGCCCGCUUGGCCGUAUUGCCACUUUUCUACCAGUUGAACCUGAAGAUAGUGGCCUUUACACGUGUGUCUCAGAAUUGUCUGGUACCACAUUAUCACAGAUUGUUGAGGUCGGACCACCUUUAUAUCCAGGUGACUAUACGAUGGAGGUGUCUCCAGACUUCUACCGUCCAGUUGAGACAAAACCUUUUAGUCUUUAUUGUAAUAUUCCCAACUACAAUGGACGAGUUUUCUGGUUGAAGAACGGAAGAAUUCUUAGAGUACCACCAGCUUCAUCCAUUUCAUUGCACGAUAACGAUAGGAGAAUUGACUUCGAUGCAGUCAUGCCUGGAGACAGUGGUUUCUAUAUGUGUGUAACGGAUGACUUCAGUACAUUUUAUCCAGCAGCAGUGGAUGUUUUACCUUUCCCCAUAUAUCAAUACCUGUCAACUUUGAGACCAGGAGAUAGGUUACCGGCAAACUUAGAUUACCUAAGAGUGCCAGCCGGAACUAGGCAGGAACUGGUUUGCAGAAUUUCUAACCCGAGAGCGCCAAUAGUAUGGGAAAAGGAUGGUCAGGUGUUACAGCAAAUUGGAAGAGGAAGUAUUUCAGCCCCUGUGUUCAAUUCUAUCACCAAGGCUGAUUCCGGGGUGUAUCGUUGUGUAUCUGACGAUCAAACAUAUACUGUUCUAGUCGAUGUUGUACCACAACCAGUUCAAGAGUAUUUACUUUUAAGUGAUCGUCCGGAUAAUAAACCAAGUCUGCGAUUACCGAACAGAAUGCCAGAUAAACCUCGACUGUCUCUUCCUGGUUCUCCAGAGGAGAAACUUCGUUACGCCGCCCCCGGAGAACAAUAUAGCCUUGUUUGCGAUGUUCCCGAUACAAGAAGCCGAAUCUACUGGUUCAAGGAUGGAGUGCCAUAUGCUUCACCGCGUCCAAAUGUUAUGGUGGACAAUGACCAAGGUUUGAUUCGGUUUGGAGCAUUGACGGACGCAGAUAAUGGAGUUUAUACUUGCGUAACAGCCAAUGGAGAAUCAACUUAUUCAACAAGACUAUCUAUUAAUCCUCGUCAUAGGAAAGUAACGGUAAAUUUAGCGGAGAGAGUUACAUCGCAAGCCUUUGCCUUAGGUCGAUUCCAACUUUUCUGCAACAUUCCAACGUUAGAUCCAUUAGAUGAAGUGGCAUGGUACAAAGACAAUCAGCUGUUUUUGCCUGCCGUCGGUAGAGACAUAACAUUCUCUGCUGAAGGUCGAAGUAUAACGUUCGGUCGAAUAAGGGAAACCGAUGCCGGCGUAUAUACUUGUAUUUCACAAAGAACUGGAGAUGAAGUAUCACAAGAGGUCAUCGUUAGCCAACCAAUCUAUCCAGAUUACUACAAAGUAGAGGUAUCGCCUGGGUAUUUCCGGCCCGUAGAGUCCAAACCAUUCACGUUGCAGUGUCCAGGUACAGGGUCGUCUGUGCUAUGGAUAAAGGAUGGUCGACCACUAGAUGACAGACAGGGGCGACUUUCAUUCUCGAACGGAAACAGACAGGUCAUCUUCAGAAACAUCUUAAGGGAAGACAGUGGGAACUAUGCUUGCAUUUCGCAGGACGGAAGAAUACUUCAUCUCUCGGCUGUGGAUGUGGUUCCACAGGAUGUCUACAAUUAUAUCAUGGCACUGGGACCUCCAGACCGCCAGAACAACCAAAACCUCAAUCUUCCUUCCAACCUGGGAUACUUCAGACCAAGAAGUGGGGACAUGUUUGAACUGUACUGCAACCUAUCCGCUUCCGCCUUGAGACAACCUAUUACCUGGACAAAAGACGAUAAUGUACUCCCAAGGGCAAGGAACCAGCGGGUUUUAGUGUUCCCGUCGAUAACCGAGGAAGACGGAGGACAUUAUUCUUGCAAAGCUGGAAAUUCUGAAUACAAUGCAUUAGUAGAUGUCAAGCCGAGAAGUGUACAAGAGUAUCUCCUGCUGAGUGACACAACAGAUGAAAAGCCAACUCUUCUGUUACCCGAUGCUAUGGAUGAAAGGCCAAUGCUAGAACUUCCACUGGAUGUCAGGGAAGAUGCGAAAAUCCAGACAAGGCCACCUGGAGUUGGCUAUAUCUUAGUCUGUGAUCUGCCGCCCACUGUGGAAUAUAACGCUCCCAUUAGGUGGUACAAAAACGGUGCCGCCUACGAUAUUCCAAACACAGGUCGUGUGUCCCUUUUGGAAAAUGGCCGCGUUCUACAGUUCGCAACAUUAAAGAAAGAGGACGCUGGACUUUACAGUUGUAUUGCAGGAGAUAAUUUGGCUCUUUUUGCAUCAAAGAUUAUCAUCGCACCAGGUGCUGCUGGUGCUGGUGCUGCACAGGAAGUCGAUGCUCUUGCUUUAGCUAACAGACAACAACACAACAUCCGAAUCAACCAACAGUUUACGUUAGAGUGUGGAAUCCCACGAACACUGCAGGAAGUUCCAAUAAUAUGGCUAAAGAACGGAGCGCCGUUUGUCUCGCCUGAUCGAAACAGAGUUCAAGUGAACCCUAGAAGUAUCGUCUUUUCUCCUGUACAAACUGUGGACACGGGACGUUACACGUGUAUGGCUAUCGACAACUCCGCCUCCUUUACUUCUGCUCUCAAUGUAAUGGCGGCUGGAGCUAGAGUUGGCGACACUCAGUUGUUGAAUAUUUGGCAACAACAAUUCAGGCCCAGAGUUCUUGGAGCCUUUGAGCUGACCUGUGCAUUACCAAACUUCGUUGACCCUUCCACUCCUGUGGUUUGGAUGAAGAAUGGCCGCCGUAUGCCAUUAGAUACCUCUGGAAGAAUAACAUACAGAAAUGGCAACAGGAAAAUGAUAUUUUCUGAAAUAACACCCGAUGACAGAGGAUGGUACACAUGUGUUGCUUUAGACAAUUCUGCUUCCUACACCUUGUCGCUGGCCGUGGAUCUCGAUGGAUAUACAGACUCCGACUCCAUAGGAACAGCUCUACGUAUAUCCAACGCACAACUGGGAAUGGUAUUCGAUCUACGAUGUUUACUGACAGACACAGGAAAACCGAUAACAUGGACGAAGAACGGAGAACCACUUCAAAAUGAUCCAACCAAUCGAAGGACUUUUAGAAACGGACUCUGGACCAUUCGUUUUAACCCCCUUCGAUCUAGUGAUGCUGGAUACUACACGUGUCGUUACGCGGACGGAUCCAUGUCCUAUAGCACUGCUAUAAGAGUUAUUGGGGGCUCAGGAUCAGAUUUUAGAAGCAUUCGUAAUUUCUACCUGAUGCAACUCGGCGGAAAGUUCGAACUUCGUUGUGGAAUUCAGUCACGAGAUCCAAACUUCGAGGUUAUCUGGUUAAAAGACGGCCAGGUCUUUAAUCCUCGACGAUCCAGGGGCGUUUCAUUUGCUAAUGGCAACUCCAGAAUCGUGUUUAACUCUUUGCUUCCAGAGGAUGCUGGCUUCUAUACCUGUAUUAGUGGCGGACGCCGAUAUUUCUCACGAUUAUACAUGUCAAAUCCGAUUCAACAAGAAAGUAUUGGUUGUGUGUCACAAUGUGGAACCACGGCAUCUUCGUGCUCUCUCCAGCUCAACUGUACGAACUACUUAAUGUGUGAAGUCGACGGCAAAGACUGCAACUGCCGCGCCAUGAUGUGUCCGUUCGGAACUUUCUGGAAUCCGGAGUCCCAAAGAUGCACUUCUGCCAGGACAACACCUUGUGAUAGUGAUCCAUGCCGCAUGCUUCCUGCCCGAUCCACUUACCCGAGUGACUACAACUGUCGCAGUUUCUACCGAUGUUCCAACACAGGAAAUUCUGUGCCGAUGUGCUGCAAUGCUUUAUUCAAAUAUGACCACAGGACCAUGUCGUGUCAGCCUGACAGUAGAUGUAAUAUAGGGUGUAGAGAGAGACAAAUCAUUGUCAGUGAACCUUCUAUCAGACUCAUAACCGUUAGGCCACAAGGAGGGGAGUGUUUCCUUCGGGCCGUGCCCGGAAAACCGAAUACAUACUACAAUGUCGCUUCCGGCAGCACCCAUUCCUGCCCGUCAGGAACAGUAUUCAAUGAGCGAGACUGCGUCUGUGAGAAUUCCUUUACUCUCACCCACAUUCAGAAACAAACAUCUGCUCUUGUCAAAGAGUGCCAUAUGCUGCUACAAAUGGUAUUCGGUAGAGGAUACGUCCGCAACAUCUCCCCUCAUGGCGUAUAUACCGACAUUAUAGACGUCGACAUCUCAGACUCGGGUAAUCUCAAAACACCUGUUGGAGUGUUCAACGGAAAGACGUCGUCAAUAUCCACGCCGCGUUUCAUCAACGAUGAAAUCGAGGCUAUUUACGUCACUUUCAACUUCCUGGAAAAAGAUGGCGGCGACUACCAAGUGCUGUUCUCGAACUGUGGUGCCCUGACCGUUCCCUACACCGUGCCUGGGGUACCGGGUAAACGGACGUCGUCUGUCGAGAUACUGCUGGACAAGAGGAGACAGGAGAUCAUUUUCAUUGGAAAGACAGACGAUGUCGCUAUUAAUUCUGUUAUCUCUAGAGUCCCGUAUAGUGCGAACCAAUGGAAUAAGGUGGAGCUAACGUUUGAUGGCUAUAAACUUAAGGGCGUUGUGACGUCAGAUAUAAACGGUACACCCGUGAGGGAGGUCAUCGUAGAACCUCUGAUGGGACGGUUGAUUCCUUCUCCCAUUGUGACGUCAUUAGGAAGGUGUUCAGACAAUAAUGCAUUCAGAGGUUACAUGGAUAAGAUUAAAGUCUCAAACUGCAUUCCCCUUGGACUAAGUCUUCUCCAAUAAUAAAAGAAAUAAGAGAUCGCAGCAUAGUGCAGCAUAUUAUCAUGCUACAUAAUAUAUAGACAAUUUUUACAUGUUAUAUAUAUAGAUACAUAUUGUCCGUUUUUGUCAAGAACAUGUGAAUUAAUCUUAUGGAAACAAUCACCAUUUGUGUCAUUUUUCACUGUUUUUUCUCAUUAUUCAUUACAAUUCCAAUUAAAAAAACAUGUGUAUACUAAAAUGUGUUAGCUUUGUUUUUAAGGGCUUCUGUAAGAAGUCAUAUAAAUAUGAAAUAUGAUUGUACAUUAUCGGAAACAUGUAUCAAGAGAUUAAAGUACAAUACUUAUAUAUUCUCUGCUGGUCAUUUAUAAAAAAAAAAGAGGAGAAGUUAUUUAUACUUUAACGAACUUUCGCUAGAGCAUUGAUUUUGACCAAAAAAAAAGG